AUGACCAAUCACCGACUUUUCGAGCACAGGGCAAAGUCCAGCACUCCCGACGGGCACCUGCUCCUUGGGCGGCGGUACCAUGCAAAGGGCGCAUGCGACGACUUGAAGCCUACUGUACUUGCACACACGCACACAGCCCAACCAUUGAUCCCCCUUGUCAUUGAUUGUAUCCUCGCCAGCAGUGUGCGUGGCGGUGGUGUCUGGCUUUCGGAGCUCGAGCAAAAAAAGAAAAGAGCGCCUACCUACCCAGGACGCAUCCAAGAGGGACGUGGACGGCUGUGGGAACAUUGGAAGGCAUUCAGCCCUACGGACCGCGCCCCCGCGUUCACUGGCCGCCUCCUGGCAAGCCUCCUGGCAGCCUCGCCCCGUCCAACAUCCACCCACCCACCAGCCGCAUCGCCUUCAUUGACCCAGUGUGCUGCCACACCCACUGCUGCACAUAUUCUCACCACCCUCUACUAUCUACUACCUGCCAUCUAUCACCUACCACCUACCCAACCACUACCACUACUACCACCACCACCACCACCACUACGGACACAACCCACCCGUCAGCCAUUGGCGUCACACCCUCGCAAGGGUGCCAGUGAGUGGCGGCCUCUUGUUAUUCCCCUUGGCUCUCCUCCGGCCGUCGCUGGCACGGCCAUGUCGCCUGCGAGUUCAACCCCGAGAAUUCGGGUAUAUGACUCUCAUCGCUACGCGCUGCCACACCACCACCGGCCCUCGAGCCCCAGUCCAGCGGUCGCCAUGGCUAUUCCUAGAGCGCGAGAAGAGGUUCCACCGCCCUUGCCUCCUCCACGUCACGUCGACCUUCGAGGCGGCCAGGAUCCUGGCUGGCAGUGGGGUAACACAAACAGUCCGAGGGAUACUGGCUUUGGCGGCAACCGGCUGGCAGCCGUCAGGCCUGGCUCGAGCUUGUUGGGCGGUGGGCCCAGCAGCAAUCAACCGCGCCCGCGGGAACCAUCGGUCGACUACAUCUUCUGUCAUGACCGCAAACCCUCCAUCUCUCGGUCCCACGACGACAUGAGCUCCGAGAACAGCGGGGAUCACAACAGUGACGAGGACCGCGCCGUCAAGUCUCGGUCAUCGCUCCGUGACCACAGAUUCACCAGCGAGCGACAGCUUGGCCAAAAGGCACUGCAGAAUUCAUCCCACGCGUACGACAAGCAGCUCCUCUCCAAGAUCGGCGGCCCCAACACACCCACGAGAACUACCGCCCCUCCUCUCUCCACUAGCAGCCAAGACUCAGCCUCUGACCCCCACGCUCCGCUGCAUAAACUGAACGGGCAAUUGAAGCCAUUGUCGGUGCCUGAUCGACGACAUCCAAGCAUCGACUCGCCCGGUCCAAAGUGGCCGCCCUCUGGGGCCAUAUCGCCUGGCUAUAACGGCUUUCGCAGCCCCGUUUUUGACGCUAGCUCGCUAGACUCACACAGGCCACGAUUCGGCAGCAUCUCCACACCGGGGCCUCUUGACGACGUUUCCUCCCAACACCGUGGCAGUUACGAUCACAGCAUAUUUACCGAGCCCGAAUUUGCCAUGGAAGAAAAUGGCCUUCGCGAAUUGAACAUCAACGAUCGCAGCCCUGCCGAUGCAGACGACUAUUACCUGGGCUCCAAGGGUGGCCUGAAACGGCGCGCCUCAUCACCUCCCUCGGAAGCCGCGCGCGAGGAUCGCCCGACCACCAGUGGUCACACUGACUUGUAUCACCGCCGCUCACAGCAGAUGCUAGUCAACCGCAACUGUACAGCUUCGCGCUUUCAGUCAGGACCAGGCUCUGUAUCGUCGAAUGGCUCUCUGGGUCCGCGCACUGGCUCCAUUGGCUCCUCACUUGGUUUUUCUACAGCUGCAAGUAGCCUGACAAGCUAUGGCGGAGAUCAGCGUCUCUCACCCAAUGCCUUAUCCCCCUUGGGCGAAACAGAUUCAGGGCCUGUCUCACCGUAUGCAGCUAGCAGGUCGUUGGAACCCAGUCCCCGCGGCUCUUUAUCGCGGCCGCCCCAUCAGCGAGGCUUUUCGGAGACCGAACAGCCUCAAAUUCGGAAAUUGUCAACAGAAAGCAUGCUGCAUUCACGACAGAAUUCCAUAGCAAACCGCAUACCAGGCGCCUAUAUUUGCGAAUGCUGUCCCAAGAAGCCAAAGAAAUUUGACAGUGAGGAAGAGUUACGUCUGCACGAAUUAGAAAAGCAGUACAUCUGUCAGUACUGUCCCAAUCGGUUCAAGAACAAGAAUGAAGCCGAGCGUCACCAAAAUUCGCUCCAUCUGCGCAGACAUUCGUGGUCGUGCGCAACACUUGCUGGUGUUCAAGCCGCUUUUCAUCCAUCGCCCACUCGACCAGCCGCGGCAGAUGUGUGUGGGUACUGUGGUGAAGAAUUUCCCAAUCCUGCUGAUUGGGAAGCACGGUCUGAGCAUUUGAAUCACGUGCACAAGUUCGGCGAAUGCAACCAGGCCAAGAAAUUCUUCCGCGCCGACCACUUUCGCCAGCACCUGAAGCACAGUCAUGCUGGGACAAGUGGAAAGUGGACAAACAUGUUGGAAAACGCCUGCAUGAGAGAUGAGCCGCCACCAACUCCAAUAGAUCGUGUUGGCUCCAUAAGUUUGAUGACUGGUCCCCCGAGUGGGCCUCUCGCACCCAAACCGGGUGUCAUUAACGAAGUACACAACGAAUCAUGA